CCGCCUCGUCGGCUCCUCUCUCCGCCUGUGUCGCAUUCCCCUGCGCUCCGCCAGCGUUCUGUUUGUGAUGAGGCGGGAAAUGGCGUCCAAAGACACGGCUGUUCUGUGACUUAGCCACUGAGAGACGGACGUAGCUGGCGGCAACAACCACGGCUCGACAUCUAACGGUGGCCGCCACGAUUGCGGCCGAGACUGACAACGCUGUGGGGGGUUUUAACGAGCUUCCGAAAACAGCGGUUUUUCCAUGUGACGUCGGAGCAUGAUGAGGCUGAGAGUGCGUAAAGCUCCUCAGCACCCCAGCAAAGGCCACAGAACGCUCCCAUACCAGGCCAAACGAAAACACAGCGAAGUGGAGCCGUCGUCCCCAGUGAGCGGCCGAGGCAAAAUGCAGAAAAAUGAAUCUGGGCUCCUCUCCACCAUAAAGAAAUUUAUCCGUGGGAACGCUGUCAAGGUGGAGCAGGAAAUCCCAGCCAAGAGGAGUCGCAUUGAUUGUAAUUCAGACAAUGACCUCAUUACUUCGACACCCCAAGGUCUGUCCAACAAAUCCGCAUCAAGAGUUUGCAGAAAAACUCAAAGUAAAGACACAAUGACCUGCAACAGUAAACCCAUCAAACCAAACGGUAAACUGGAGGCGCCCAUCGACUCACCCAGCAGCCCGCCGCGUACAACCCUACUGGGAACCAUCUUCUCUCCAGUUUUCAACUUCUUCUCACCAGCAACUAAAACUGCCACUCCGGGCUCGGACUCGCCGGGCCAGGCAGUGGAGGCGGAGGAAAUCAUCAAACAGCUGGACAUUGAGCCGGCGGAGGAAAUGCCCAGCAGCACCGUAACGUCCAGGGAAGAAAUCACUCCGUGUCACACGGUCCAAAUGCUGCCGCAGAGGCUUCAGAUCAACUCGGACACGACCAUCGAAGAAGGAGAAAUCGUCACCGAAACUGACAUACCCCCGCUAACAGCUCCUGGCUGCAUGCCAGAUGGCAGCUACCCCCACUCUUUACCUUCAGCACCUGCAGAAACCUCGUAUGAGGAGGACUGGGAAGUCUUCGACCCGUACUUCUUCAUCAAGCAUGUGCCUCCGCUGACAGAAGAGCAGUUAACACGUAAACCAGCGUUACCUUUAAAAACACGCAGCACACCUGAGUUCUCUCUCGUCUUGGAUCUGGAUGAAACUUUAGUCCACUGCAGUUUGAAUGAACUAGAAGAUGCAGCUCUGACAUUCCCUGUGCUCUUUCAAGACGUUAUAUACCAGGUCUACGUCCGAUUGAGGCCAUUUUUCCGAGAGUUUCUUGAGCGCAUGUCUCAGUUGUACGAGAUUAUUCUCUUCACUGCUUCAAAAAAGGUCUAUGCAGAUAAGUUGCUCAACAUCCUGGAUCCGAAAAAACAGUUAGUAAGACAUCGACUGUUUCGAGAGCACUGUGUUUGUGUUCAAGGAAAUUACAUUAAAGACCUGAACAUCCUGGGACGGGAUCUGGCAAAGACGGUAAUAAUCGACAACUCACCCCAAGCCUUUGCUUAUCAGCUUUCUAAUGGAAUCCCAAUCGAGAGCUGGUUCGUGGAUAGAAAUGACAACGAACUUCUGAAGCUCGUUCCUUUCCUUGAGAAACUGGUGGAGCUGAACGAGGACGUCAGGCCGCACAUCCGAGAACGAUUUCGUUUGCACGACCUCCUCCCUCCAGACUGAGGAACCUUCAUCGACGCGUAACUUCAGCAUCGUUUGUGGGAAAGGCUCAACAGAAGGAUAUAAUCAGUGGUUUUCUCUUUACAUUACCGUUGCUUUUUAAAAACAAACAAACAAAAAAAGUUUAAAAAAAAAAGAAAAACUCUGUUUGAUUCAAAGAGUCCAGGAUGUUCAUAUAAAGUUGAACAAACGACCUUCUGGAGGGCGGUUUGCCUCCAACUAAACCAUUUUGGAUUGACAAAAGUGAAUGUUGCGUGAUGUUGGUUCAUAUGGACCCUAAACGGCCGGUCAAACCUGUACAUUAUUCAUUAUCGUUACCUGUAAAUAUAUGUACAUAACUGUUUUAUUUUGUUCUUUGAGGUUUUUAAGUCAUUUUAUUUUCACUCUGGAUUUUUAGUAUGUAUUUUUUUUUUCUUUUUUUGAUCGGUUGCUUUUAUAAAAACCCACAAAAUGUCAUGUUUUCUUUGAAAUUGUUAAGCAGCAGAUGCUUCUUUUCUCCUGUUGUAUGCCUGCAGUAUUCCUGUAAUGCUUUACUCCAUUACAUGCAGUCGUCUGUAAGAAGGUGCAGUUUUAAAAAAAAUAUAUAUCUUUGGCAGAAAAAUAUUUUAAAGUUAAGACGUAUAAGCUAGAAUAAGGUCUCAAAUGAAUACAAAGCCAUAAUGGCCAAACAAUAAUUUUAAAGAUUUGUAUUUGAGAAUCCAUUUUUGAUUUCGACACUUUGAUCGUCCUCUUCGAUGAGGGGUGAGGUUCAGGCAUCUUGCACUUUGACAUCCAGCCCUUUGUAAGUUCAUAUAUUAAAAAUCUUGUCACUUUUGUACACAGGUGUGCGUCACCUAAAUUUGUUAUUUGGGGUAAAGAAAAGAGAAAAUUGUAGCACCAGCAAAUUGCCAACAUAUUUGCUUUCAAAUCUUGUUUUCCAAAAUGUCUUGUAUGUUGGAUCUCUGAUGUAAGAGUUACGAGUUUUAUUGACUAUUGAAUGAUCACUCCUGGUGUAUUCAGUGUUACUUAAUGGUUUUCUUGAAAAUAAAUACAUUUUUAUACGA